UCCUGUCGGGAAAAGCACUCAAUCUGACUCAACAGCAGCACCAUCAUCACCCCUCCGCUCCCAAACAAACUCACAGAAACCAACACACGCAACUUUUCUUCUCCAGUCCUCUUCUCUGGAAAAUCUCGUCGCCAGGCUGAUCCGCUGAAAAAAAAGCAGAAUGUCCCCUCCAUCCGCACGGCUGCAAACCAAACCCGUGAUAACGUGUCUGAAGACGUUCCUCGUCUCGUACAGUUUGAUUUUUUGGUUCACAGGGGUGAUCCUGUUGGCUGUUGGAGUAUGGGGAAAGGUUAAUUUGGAGUUCGACCUGCUCCUAAAGUCGGACAAGGGGACCAAUGCACCGUAUGUCCUCAUCGGGACCGGAGCCAUCAUCAUCAUCUUUGGACUGUUUGGUUGCUUCGCUACCUGCCGUGGAAGUCCAUGGAUGCUGAAACUGUAUGCCAUGUUCUUGACACUGGUGUUUCUUGCUGAACUAGUGGCAGGCAUAUCUGGAUUCAUUUUUAGACAUGAGAUUAAAGCAGUACUUCAGGAUGUUUAUAAAAGUGCUGAAUCCGCCUACAGUGGAAAGGAUACAAGAAGUGAAGAUCUGGACAGAGUCCAGAGAACACUGCAGUGCUGUGGAGAGAUGAACUACACCAGCUGGGCAAACACAGAAUACUUCAAACAGGAGGGAAUACCCAAAAGCUGCUGCAAUGUGUCUGCUGGUGUUAACUGCACUACUACAGAACUUAAGAAUCUCACGUUGGCGGCAUCAGUGGUGUAUCAGCAGGGCUGUUUCUCUCUAAUGACUAUUACAAUGGAGGCCAAUCUUGGAAUAAUUGCUGGAAUUUCUUUUGGAAUAGCAUUCUUCCAGCUUAUUGGGAUAUUCCUGACAUGCUGUCUGUCUCGCUAUAUCACCAACAACCAAUAUGAGAUGGUGUAGUGUCCCUACACCACAGGAUAUCAACUCAAGAUUCAUGAGGAGUAAUUCUGACACAAAGGGAAACCCAUUUCAUUUCAGUAUUUUGUAUGCCUUAGCUAAACAUUUAAUUUUAUAGAAUUUAUGGCUGCUUUUUAAACAUUCUUUUUUGUUGGUAACUAGACUGAAUAGAAAGAACCAGUUCCUACGGUAAAAGACUGUUUUGCAUAUUCAGUUUUUUUGGGCUAGAGUAAAUAUAACAAAGAUUAGAUAUAACAAAAUUUGUAGAAUAUGCAUCUGUUUUAGCCAGUGUUAAAUCUGGAACACACUGUUAUGCCGUACAUGGUGUACUAUCUUUUGUUUCAUUGCAGUUAACACAUGCUAAAACUUUGCAUCUAAAAAAGUAAAGUUUCUUGCAUGCAACCUGAAAGUGAACAUUUUUGCAACACUUGCCAAAGGGGCAAUUUGUUUGACUUUAAUUCAGGAUGCUUUUUUAUCACCGUUUGAGCCACCAAACAUGUAUAACAUUUGGAGUUCUGUUUCUUUAAUCUCCAGAUCAUUUUCAAGAAGUAGUUUUAAUACAGAAACAUGUAUGUCCAUUAUUUCCAUUUGAAUUGCUUUUGUGAAAGUAGUUGUCUGGUCUUUUUUUAUGUAACAGUGGUAGUAUGAUUAUGACACGAGUUGUUUCAUGUCAUGACUGUAAUAAGAUGAAAAGAAUUUAAGUCGUUUCUCUUUAACUUUAUAUUUCUACAAAAAUGUGAAUUCAACACAGGUUGGUCAGGUAACAAUAUUUAAAUUGUACAUACAAAGAAAAGGCAGAGCUAUCCUACCAGGGCAGGGGUAUUAACAUGUUUAAAGGCAUCCAUCCAUUGAUCCCUUUUAAAUCCUAAUUUUCUUUAUCAUCAUUACAACAUGUUCAUAAUGUACUUACCAUAAGGCAGAUAGACCGUCCUCUGCAAUUUGUCAGCAUAUGGGAUUGCUUUUGGGGCAUGUACACCUUUAUAUCUUUAUAAGAUAACAACAAUGUCAAUAGGCUGUUCUUUGUGAAAACUGUAUUAUUCUUUUAAAAAAUAAACUUGUGUUUUGUA